AUCCCUAACCCUGCCUUUCCCCUGCUUCUUCCAGGUCCCCAGGCAUGGCGGAAGAGCCUCGUCUCUUCAAGCUGGCCCGUCGGGGGCAGCUGGAGCAGCUGAAGGACGCUCUGCGACGCGGGGACGCCGGCGGGCAGCGCUGCGGGCGCUCGGGGGACACGCUGCUGCAUCUCGCCGCCCGGCACGGCCACCUCCACCUCCUCGCCUGGCUGCUGGAGGAGCUGGAGCUGGACGUCGAGGUGGCCAACGGCGAUUCCAAGAGGCCCCUCCACGAAGCCGCCUCCAUGGGCCACAGGGAGUGCGUCUCCUACCUCCUGGCCAGGGGCGCCAGCGUGGAUCCCUUGAAAAGGGGAGACUGGACUCCCCUCAUGAUGGCUUGCACCAGGCAGAACCUGGAGGUGAUCGAAGGCCUCGUGGAGCACGGAGCCGACCCGCUGCUGAAGAACAAGGACGGCUGGAAUUGCUUCCACAUCGCCAGCCGGGAGGGCCACGUGCAGGUCCUGCGCUGCCUGCUGGCCGCGUCCCCGAGCUGCUGGGACACGGAGAGCACGACCAGGAGGACGCCUCUGCACACGGCGGCGAUGCACGGCUGUCGGGACGCGGUGGAGCUGCUCCUGGAGCGGUGCCACUACAAACCGGACAGCAGGGACAACUGUGGAGUCACUCCCUUCACGGACGCUCUCCAGAACGGGCACGUCGACAUCGCCCGGCUGCUCCUGGAAAAACACCGGGCUUGUCCCACAGCCUUGGAUGCUCUGGGCGCUCAGCCGCUGCACCGGGCGGCCGUCACGGCGCAGGACGGAGCCAUUCGCUUCCUGGUGGCCGAGCUGGGCGUCGGGGUCAACGAGAGAGCGACGGCCCUGCGGCUCACGGCGCUGCACUACGCAGCCAAGGUUGGUCCUGUCCUCGUGCUUCCUCUGCACAGUCUUAAAAACUACCUAAAAGUGCUGGUCCGGAUGUUUCCGCUCAUGGAGGAUUCACGUUCCUGCCUCAUCCUCUGUCACAGGCUGCUCCUGGCCAGCCCCGUGCUCCGUUCGAUGGUUUUUAGACCCUCAGGAAGCGCGGCCAGCUCUCUGAGUCGCUUUGUUCACCACAAAUCCCGCUGGUGGCAGAGGCAG